AUGGCGACGAAUAUCGGCAUAAUGGACAGUGCUUAUUUUGUCGGCAGGAACGAGAUUCUGAGUUGGAUCAACAAUAGACUCCAGCUCAAUCUCUCACGCAUUGAGGAGGCUGCAUCUGGCGCUGUGCAGUGCCAGAUGAUGGAUGUUACGCAUCAAGGUGUUGUUCCGAUGCAUAAGGUUAACUUUGAUGCAAAGACGGAGUAUGAUAAGAUCCAGAAUUACAAAGUUCUGCAGGAGGUUUUCAACAAGCUGAAAAUUGAGAAGCAUAUUGAAGUUAGCAGGCUUGUUAAAGGCAGGCCUUUGGACAACUUGGAGUUCCUCCAGUGGCUGAAACGUUACUGUGAUUCUGUGAAUGGGGGCAUUAUGAAUGAGAACUAUAAUCCUGUGGAGAGAAGAAAUAAGGUCGGAAAGGACCGAAAUCUGAAAUGUUCUAUGAAGAAAUCAAAAUCCAUGCAAACUAAUAUUAUAAAUAACUCAGGCUCAGGCAACACACUUGGUCCUAAUAGAACCUCUGGUGGGGCCAAUUCUUCAGCAGAGAUUCAGUCUUUGUCCAAAGAGAUUACUGGUCUCAAAUUAGCAGUGGAAGUCCUUGAAAAGGAGAGAGACUUUUACUUUGCAAAACUACGGGAUAUAGAAAUUAUUUGUCAGACUCCAGAAGUGGAGAAUAUCUGUAUCACUGUAGCAAUUAAGAAGAUUUUAUAUGCCAAUGAUACAAAGGAAUCAGCGCUGGAUGAUGCUCAAGAUUAUCUUAACCAAACUAUGAAUACUGUAGAAGCUCAAGAUUAUCAUGGUCAAAUUAUUGAUGCUAUUGAAGUUGAAGCAGAAAUUGAAGCCGAUUCCCAAAACUAA